AUGAGUAUGUUAGACAAUAUAGAUGAUGGAGCCUUCAAUAACCUAAAGACGUUGUCCUGGUACGGUCAAUGCAACAAGCCAUGGAGUCAACGAGGAACCCACAAAAAAAAAUCGGCGAGGAAAGAGCAUGACAAACGUGGUCCAGACAAGACCCAUGCUAUUGGGCCUCUGGCGUAUUUGGAUAAGACUGUGGCUUAG